GAAAAAUGAAUAAAGAAACUCACGAACAAGGAACAUGACAGCCAACCACCAAUCACAAUCGAUUCACGAUUUCUCUCUUAUUAUUUACAUUAUUAUAUUAUAUUGUAUUUAUUUAUUUAGUUACCCAAUCAUCAUCAAAUCAUCAGUUUCCUCCGUUCUUUUUUCCUUUCAUAAUUUAAUUUAACUCACCGGAAAAACUGCAGGGGGCCUUUUUCACCGGAGAAACGUUUCCAUCGCCUUCUCCCUCUCUUCUUUAAAGAAGCUUUGACUUCAAUCUCAAUGAACAACGCUACGAGAGUUUUGUUCUGAAAAUAUAUAAAAGAGGCAAGCUUUUUUGUUUUUCCCCUGUUUUCUUUGGGCUUUGAAAAUUGUGAGCUUUUGGGCUUUAGAAGAUAAGCAGAAUGGGCUGUGCUGGAUCGACGCCGGCCAAGGGAGACGGGAAUGUGAAAAAGAUCAGGAAGCCAAAACCCUGGAAACACCCUCAGCCAAUUACAAAGUCUCAACUUGUGCAGAUGCGUGAAGAGUUUUGGGACACUGCUCCUCAUUAUGGUGGCAGGAAAGAGAUUUGGGAUGCACUUCGAGCUGCUGCUGAAGCUGAUCUAACCCUUGCUCAAGCUAUCGUGGACAGUGCUGGGGUCAUAGUGCAAAAUGCUGAUUUAACCAUCUGCUAUGAUGAACGAGGUAUAUAUUUGCUUUGUCUGAUCAAGUACAUUCAAGUGCUAGGCGGAUGGAAAAUUAAACAAAAGAUUUAGGUGCUAAGUAUGAACUACCAAAGUAUGUUUUGAGUGAGCCGACCAACUUAAUCCGAGAUAGUUGAAAAUAGAGAGAAUUCUGAGUGCUGUGUAUGCAAGAAUGAAUGUAAAUCAUGUAUAUUAUUCUCUCAUGUUCUUUGGAAACACUUGAUCAACUCAGUCCCCUGCUUUUAUGCCUUUUUUUUUUAACUUCUAUGUUUGACCACGGACAUUCACUAGGUUGCUGUAAGUUUCUUUGAUGAAUCGAUCCAGGGCAUAAAACAUUGGUUUUGAAUUUGGUAAGUUGUCUCAGUUUUUCUCU